GGGAUGGUGACAAUCCAAUUUAACUGAUCAAUUGCAACCGCUGCGGCUUACAAAUAAAUUCCUGAUUUAUCAUCAACCGCAUUUACCUAAUUCGGUUUUAACCUUGAAAAUAAGACCGAGUAUCAGUAUAACUAAGCAUAUUGCAAACUAGUAUAUACUGGAAAACUAUAAAAGGUGAUUCAAUUUCACAAAUAAUUGAGUUGGAAUUCAUAUACCAUCAUUACUAAAAGGUCAUAGCUUAAUAUAUCAUAGAACAACUCAUAAAUCAAUUCACAUAUAACAUUAAAAUGACUUCAGAAACUGUUUUCGUUACUGGUGCUACUGGUUAUAUCGCAGGACACAUCAUCUUGCAAUUGUUAAAUAAAGGAUAUAAAGUGGUCGGUCAAGUUAGACUGGUUUCCAAAGGUGAAAUACUAGCUAAAGAAGUUAACAACGCCAAUUUCUCCUAUGAAGUUGUUGAAGUUUUAGAGAAAGAGGGUGCUUUUGAUGAAGUUUUAUUAAAACAUCCUGAAGUUACUUUAUUUAUGCAUACUGCUUCUCCUGUUCAAUUUUCUCAAGUAGACCAUGAAAAAAAUACCUUGAUUCCUGCUAUUAAUGGUACUAAGAAUGUUCUUGCUUCUAUUCAUAAAGUGGCUCCUCAAAUUAAACGUGUUAUUGUUACUAGUUCGGUUGUUGCUGCUGCUACAUUUGCUGAAUUAGCUGAUCCAAACUUUAUCGGUGGUGAAGACUCCUGGUCAUCAAUUACUUAUGAACAAGCUAAAACUAAUGAUGCAUCUACCGCCUAUGCUGGAUCUAAGAAGUUCGCUGAACAAGCAGCAUGGGAGUUUGUUAAGCAACAAAAACCUACUUUCAAAUUAACCACUGUUUUACCAAGUUAUGUUUUCGGUCCACAGGCUUUUGAAUUCGGUGUCAAAGACUUAAAUCAUUCAUCUGAAUUCCUUGUUGGUGCUUUGAAAUUAACUAAAGACUCUAAAAUCCCAGCUGCAGAAAGUAUUUGUGUUGAUGUUCGUGAUGUUGCAAAUGCUCAUGUUAAAGCUCUUGAAAGUAAUGAAGCUGCUGGUAAAAGGAUUGUGGUUUCCAAUAGUAGAUUUGUUUAUGGUCAAUUUGUGGAUAUUAUCAGAAGAAAUUUCCCAAAUUAUACUAAACAAUUACCAUUUGUUGAAACCUUACCAAGUGAUUAUUUUGCUAAUUAUAACAGAUUUGGUGACUCUGAAUCAAGAAGAAUUUUAGAUAUUGAAUAUAUUGAUUUUGAAAAAACUAUCAUUGAUCACAUUACUCAAGUUUUAGCAUUUCAAUUUAUCCAAGUCUAUUAGUUUAUAGUGUUUAUUAUAUAGCUGUUGUUUAGAAAUACAUUAAAAUUACUGAUUUAUACUGCGAAAAAUCCAAUUUGUAUGUAAACCUCCUUUGAGCGAAAAUAAUCAGAGAUGAAAAUUGACAGGAUAAAAAAAAAGGUGAAGAGUUUCUAUUACAGGAAAUAUCAUUGAUUGAUUGAUCUAAACUAACUAGACCCCAAACUACCAUCAACAUGAAAGGGAUAUGACUCGGUAUGAUAAUGAAGAAUCAGAUAUAUACGAUCGAAUAAGGAUAAAACCCAAACUUGAUCGAUAUGUUCCUCCGAAGAAAACAACAACUCCUAUAAAAGUGGCCGAUACAUAUAUUCCAAAGACCAAAACCGUUGCGCCAGUUCCAGUUCAAGGCCUUAAAGUACCGUUACUUAAUUACAACGAUGCAGAUCAUGGUGAUGUGGAAGAUGGUGAUGAAUAUGAAGAAGAGGUCGAACCUCGAGAGAUGUUGCUAAGUGAAAGGGUUCAGU